GGGACAUCAAAUCUCAACCAAUACUCGUACUGUACCUUCUCACCUGCCUCUCACCUGACGUCGACCAGGACACAGGCUGACGUUUCGACAGCUGAGGAAGAACCAGCCAAACCUCAACGAGGCGGGGUUAAAGAAAAAACAAGGAAUUUCCUGGUGAGCUGCUACAACACAGGAAGAUGAACGUGGGCGUAGCUCACAGUGAGGUGAACCCCAACACGAGGGUGAUGAACAGCAGAGGAAUAUGGCUCACGUACCUGCUGCUGACCGUCGUGUUGCACAUUGUCCUGCUCAGCAUUCCUUUUUUCACCGUGCCGCUCGUCUGGACGCUCACCAACGUCAUCCACAACCUGGUGAUGUACCUGUUUCUACACACAGUGAAGGGCACUCCCUUUGAGACACCAGACCAAGGCAAAGCUCGCCUGCUCACACACUGGGAACAGAUGGACUAUGGCGUCCAGUUCACAUCUUCACGCAAAUUCCUCACUAUCUCACCAAUUGUUUUGUAUAUUCUUGCUAGUUUCUACACAAAAUACGAUCCCACACAUUUUCUAAUCAACACCAGCUCCCUCCUCAGCGUCCUCCUCCCAAAGUUGCCUCAGUUUCACGGAGUACGGAUAUUCGGGAUCAACAAAUACUGACAGAACUUUCUGAUCACUGGAUUUUAAACACCAACACUGGACUUAAAUUUUCUGCUUCCGAAGAACUUAUUAUGUUUGGCGUUUGAGGAGAAGAGGACCAGUAAGGUUUGUCUUUUCUGUACAGACUGUGUGGAGUAAUAUGGGAAAGGCUGCAGUUUGUGCUGCAGAAAAGGUAAAUGCACUGCUGCUGUUCCAUGACGGUGAUUUUUCUCUACCGAUGUUUCUGAUUUGUGUUUGUUACAGCUUUAAAAUGUGUUUCCAUUAUUUUUAAAACAUCACCUUCUAUCUGUUUUCUCUUCCAAACUGCACUGGCUGCAGGUCUGUAAAACUUUCUGGGUGUCGCCAUAAAUGUGAAUGAAUGCAUAUGGAAUUCAUUGUUGCAGCUUCUUUUAUGUUCUUGUUCAAGUUCUCCUCUUUUCUCUUAGUUUACUAUGAAGGAUAUGCAUGCAGCAUGCAUUUAAACGCCUACAGUGAACACUGCAGUCUUUGUUUUGCUAUGAUACACAUUACUCCAUGUUACUUAUUGUUCUCUAUAAAAGCUGGAUUUCCUGUCCUCUUUAUAAAAUGAGCAUUAGGAGCACCAUGUGUUUA